UGCAGACAGAGAGAGCUGAGAUAGAAGUGUGAACUGUCCACACUCACUAGAAGACCAAACCAUGAAAACGCGUUGAACCCUCUCUGUUUCGUUUUUCUCCACCGAUUCAUUCAGUAUAUAUAUAUAUAUAUAGGCCCAGGGGAAGCAUCUGUCCAAAGAAUCUCCAUAAAUAUUUUCUCAGGUUCUCCUCUCCCCAACUCAAUUCGCUUUCAUUCCCUUCUCACUCUCACUCUCUCUCUCUCUCUCUACAGUACACAUAUGGAGUAUGUUCGCUUCUCAAUCCCUCUCUCUCUAUACCUACAUGACAUGCAUACAUAUCCUAUCGGACUUGACUUCCUCGGCUCAAAGGGAAUCAAAAAGCUAAGCUUUUGCUGUGUUUUCUUUGGGAAAAAAUCUUCCUAAUUGGGGUAAGUUUCUCUUACCUACCUUCACACCUUUGCCACCUUUCCUUCUUUUCUCUUUUGGUAACUCUUAUCAACUUUCCUUUAUCCGGUACUGGUAUUCUCCUCCUCUUGCCAUUGCCACUGCCACUGCUAGUGUUUUUGCUUUCUCUCUCUCUUCAUUUCCUUUGCCGCUCUUUCUGUCUCUUCAGUUUGAAGAUAACCAUGAGAAUUUUUUUCAAUUUUCUACUGCUUUUGUUCUGUUGGCAUAUACUACCUAUGUAUUCUGCUUCUGGUUUGAGCUCUGAUGGGAUAAGUUUACUCUUACUGAUGAGGCAUUGGACUUCCGUGCCUCCCUCCAUCAAAUCGAACUGGAAUGCUUCUGAUUCCACUCCUUGUUCAUGGAUUGGAGUCACAUGUGGAAAAAACCACAACUUUGUGGUUGCUCUAAACCUGUCUAACUACCAAAUCUCAGGCCAAUUGGGACCGGAGAUAACUCAACUGCGGCACUUGACCUCAAUUGAUUUCAGCACUAAUGAUUUCACCGGUUCCAUUCCUUCAGAGUUGGGAGAUUUGCAGAAUCUGCGAGUCUUGAGCUUGUUUUCUAAUUCUCUGACGGGUGCAAUACCCGAAUCGCUGUUUCGAAUUCCACAUUUGGAUACGCUGUGGCUGAACCAGAACAAACUCAAUGGUUCUAUUCCGUCUAAUGUUGGAAACACGAGUGAGAUUACAUCUCUUUACCUAUACAGUAAUCAAUUGUCGGGUGCCAUUCCUUCCUCCAUAGGAAAUUGUAGCACCUUAGAAGAGUUAAUUUUGACUGAUAAUGAGUUGUCUGGAGCUCUACCUGGGAGUUUGAAUAAUCUCGAGAAUCUUUUGUAUCUAGAUGUGAGUAGUAACAGUCUAGAGGGCAACAUUCCUUUGGGUUUGGGUGGCUGCAAGCAAAUGGACACCUUGGUCUUGUCUUUCAACCAAUUCACCGGUGGUAUUCCACCGGAGUUGGGCAAUUGUAGUAGCUUAACUCUACUUUCUGCUGUCCAUUGUGGCUUAACUGGUCCUAUCCCGCCUUCUUUUGGCUUACUCACUAAGCUGGAAGUUCUUUACCUCUCUGAAAACCGUUUGUCUGGUGCAAUACCUCCUGAGCUUGGAAAAUGCAAAUCACUGAGUGAUUUGCAGCUUUAUGACAACCAACUUGAGGGGGAAAUUCCGAGCGAGUUAGGGUUUUUGAGUGGACUGAAGAAUCUUUUCUUAUUUAUCAACCGCUUGACAGGUGAGAUUCCGUUAAGCCUUUGGAAGAUUCAGAGCCUUGAGAAUUUCCUUGUGUACAACAAUAGCCUUUCUGGAGAAUUACCUCCUGAGAUCACUGAACUUACUCAAUUGAGAAACAUUUCUUUGUUCAACAACCAGUUUUCUGGAGUCAUACCUCAAAGUUUUGGUGUGAAUUGUAACUUGACCCAGGUGGACUUCACCAGCAACUCAUUCGUAGGGCAGAUACCGCCAAACCUUUGCUUCAGAAAGCAGUUGAGGAAAUUGCUUUUGGGCGUGAAUCAUCUGGAAGGUAGUAUACCUUCUGACAUAGGAAGUUGUUCAAGUCUGACAAGACUGAUUCUCAAGCAGAAUAACCUCGCAGGAGUUCUUCCACAAUUUGUGAAAAAUCCCAACAUUUUUUCGCUCAUGGAUCUUAGCAACAACUUCUUGACUGGUGUGAUUCCAUCAAGCUUCUCAAAUCUUACCAAUAUUACAUCGAUUAACUUGGCGAUGAAUAAGCUUACAGGCCCUAUACCCCCAGAGCUAGGAGGCCUUGUGUACCUCCAAGGUUUGGAUCUUUCUCACAACCAUUUAGAAGGUUCGCUGCCAUCUGAGUUAUCAAAUUGUAUUGAACUACUGAAUUUAGAUGUGGGUUUUAAUUCAUUAAAUGGUUCCAUCCCUUCUAGUUUAAGAAGCUUGAAGGGGUUGUACACUCUUACUCUAAGUGGGAAUCGGUUCACUGGUGGCAUUCCACCUUUCUUGUUUCAAUCCACAACCCUUCGGAGUAUACAGCUUGGCGAAAAUUUAUUAGGUGGGGAUAUCCCCUCAUCUAUUGGAGCAACUGAAGCGGUGCAUUAUCUGAAAGCACUGAAUCUCAGUGCGAAUGGACUAACUGGUCAUGUCCCCGUGGAGCUCGCGAACUUGGAUAUGUUAGAGAAGUUAGACAUAUCUUGCAACAAUCUCACAGGAACUUUGGCAGAUAUUGGUGAACUUCAGUCCUUGAUUGAGGUCAAUGUGUCUCACAAUUCCUUUUCUGGGCCCAUACCAGAAACGCUCAUGAAGUUUCUCAAUUCAUCCCCCUUUUCGUUUCUGGGUAAUCAGGGCCUUUGUGUCAAUUGUCUUCGAAGAGGAGACUUAACUUGCAUUAGAACCAGUGAUUUCAGAAAUUGUAAUCCCAGCCCGAAAAGGGUAAGUAGUAAAUUGGAAAUUUCAAUGGCAGCCCUUGGAGCAUCGCUAUCUGUUGUUUUCCUGCUCCUUGUUCUAGGCUAUGUGUUUAUCUGGCACAGAAGACCAAGACAGGAAGUUGAAAUCUCUGCAGAAGAGGGCGCAUUUGCCACACUGAUCAACAAAAUUAUGGAAGCUACUGACAAUCUACAUGAGAGGUACAUUAUUGGGAGAGGAGCGCAUGGAACUGUUUAUAAGGCUGCAAUUCCUGAUAAAGUGUACGCUGUGAAGAAGCUUGUAUUUGCUGGGCUCAAGGGAGGAAACACAAAUAUGGUGAGAGAAAUUCAGACUGUUGGAAAGGUCAAACACAGGAAUCUAAUCAAACUGGAAGACUUUUGGUUGAGGAAAGAGUAUGGUUUGAUCUUGUACAAAUACAUGCAAAAUGGAAGCCUUCAUGACGUUCUCCAUGAGUUGAAACCACCACCAAUUUUGGAGUGGAGUGUUCGGUACAAGAUAGCACUCGGAACUGCCCAAGGAUUGGCAUAUCUCCAUCACGACUGUGAUCCUGCUAUUGUGCACCGAGAUAUCAAGCCAAUGAACAUACUUUUGGAUUCUGACAUGGAACCUCAUAUCUCAGAUUUUGGGAUAGCCAAGCUUCUGGAUCAGUCUUCAGCUUCAACAUCAUCCAGCUCUGUUCUAGGCACGAUUGGAUAUAUUGCACCAGAGAAUGCAUUUACAACAACAAAAAGCAAGGAGUCUGAUGUGUACAGCUACGGGGUUGUUUUGCUGGAGCUUAUUACCAGAAAGAAAGCCUUGGAUCCAUCCUUCUUCGAAGAAGUUGAUAUUGUAGGUUGGGUUCGGUCUGUCUGGAACAAUACUGAAGAAACUGAGAGGAUCGUAGAUCCGAACCUCAUGGAUGAAUGUUUGGAUUCGCAUGUGAUGGAACGAGUGUUUGAUGUGCUUUUCGUGGCUUUGAGAUGCACAGAGAAGGAGCCAAGCAAAAGACCCACAAUGAGAGAUGUAGUGAAGCAACUAGUAGAUGCAAAUGUUGCAACUAGAAUCAAGCACUACUAACUUUUGGACCUUCCGUGAUUUUCGUAUGGAAGAUGUGGUAACCCUAAUAAUAGUCUAGAAGUCCCCCGGUUUUUGUUUUGGUAACCCUAAUAAUAGUCUAGAAGUCCCCAGUUUUGGUAUUGGUGCUCCGGCUUCAUUAGUACCAUUGUAUCAUGUGUAUAAGUUUUAUUUUAUUUUUUCUCUUCUGUGUUCUUUUUUAGCUUUAAUGUCGAAUUUUACCAGUAUAUGGCUUCAAAGCAUGUUACAGCUUUUACCUUUUCUA